CUCCAACCAACAGCUCGCGCGCCAAGCAAAGAGCCAAAGAGAGAUCGAAAAGCCACCGCCGAGCAACAAACACAGCUCGCUCGUUCCGCCAUUGGCCGCCGCUCAAUCGAUCGUUCGAUCAGCCUCAUUCUCGCCGUCAACCAUGUGCAAGGUCAUCACGAUCCAGUCGCUCGUCUGGCUGCGCCGCACGGUGCGGCGGUGGCGCUCCCGCGCCGCGGCGCGCCCGGCCGGCAGCAAGAUGGAGCGGGACGGCGACGCGGUUCCGGCGGGUCACGUGGCCGUGCGGGUGGGAGGCGGCGGGGAGGACGCGAGGCGGUUCGUGGUGCGGGUGGCGCACUUGAACCACCCGGCGUUCCGGGAGCUGCUCCGCCAGGCGGAGGAGGAGUACGGCUUCCCGUCCGGCGCCUCCGGCCCCGUCGCGCUCCCCUGCGACGAGGACCACUUCCGCGACGUCCUCCGCCGCGUGUCCUCCGACGAGCGCCACGACCUGGCCUUCUGCCGGCCCGCCGCCACCUGCGGCGUCACGAAGCGCCGCGCCGAGUCGUCUUCGUCGUCGUCGUCGCGGGCGCCGCUGCUUCAAGGGAUGGACAGCCUCGUCUGGUGAUCCGCGCCAAUCCGAAAGCCUCGUACCUAAGCCACCGAUAAGCAAAAGCAGCUGCAAACCGUGCACGCGCGUCCAUGUCGUCGAUCGGCGGCAUUGCAGCUGGUCGUUCGGGCGCGCGUGGCGACCGCGGGACAAGAAGGCCGUGCACGACACGUACGCACGCGGGCACAUGCAAGAACGCGCGCUGGGGCAUGCAUGCGACGUCUAAAGGGCGCCCUCCCGUGCUCGGCGUAAUGGCGGCGCGCGCAACUGGGGCAGGCGGCCGGCACACAGUACUGUAGCUAGCUAAGCUAGCUAGCAUAGCAAGUAGGCUAUAGCUAUCUGCCAUGGGCUGACAGCUACUACAAGAUAUACUAAUCUGAUUGAGAGGGUGGUGAUGAUUUUAGGUAUUCUUCUCCCUGUAAUUCUACUCGGAAAUUAAUAAAGAAUCGAUAUAUGGCUUAUUGUGUAGUGCAUGUAUGCGUUUUGUCGUCGUUUGUCAUGUGCUCGUGAUGUUGAUGUGGCAAACUUGUCUCAACCCAAAAUGGUUUGGAUCUUUGGAUA